CAUCCGUCCAUCCACCCACCCAUCCAUCCAUCCGUCUGUCCAUCCAUCCAUCAGCAUCCAUCGGGGCCUUCCCGCUGGGCCUUUCCCUCCUCUCUUCCUCCCUGCCUGUUUUAGCAGGUUUUAGCAUCUGUAAGAAACCACAGUAGGGGUGCAUAGCAGACCCCUGUUGGGGAAAUAGAAUUAAAAACAAAGUCUCCUGCCAACUCAGAAAAGCUCCCCACAAAAGGAGGAGAGAAAGAGAAGUUUUUUUUUUUUUAAUCAAAUAAGCGUGAAUACAGAAAGAGAGGCACAUCACAGGCAGUCGGCUGAGAGAUCAGGAAAGCAGAAGGAGAUCUCCCUGGUUCCACAGCCCAGCAGAUGCCGCCGCCUGCUGCACACGGUCUCCAGCCAGAGCCUCAGCAAGAGGACUUCCCCGAUGGCACCGUGCGUCACCUGGAGUUCAUCCUAAACUCACCCGGCCAUUGGGGUGGCCGCCUGUGUUUGCUAAUUGCCUUGCUCCCAAGGAACAGGGCACGUCUCCGAUCUUUACGACAGGAGACAGUUCUGCAGCUUGGAGCCGGCCCCCCGGGGAAGUCAGGCCCCCACCCACGCUCCCGUGGGUUCCUGUCUCCCUCGGUGUUUACGUUUCAAGGAGGUGGCUCCCAGGGCCUUGGAGGGAGGCCCGAGUUGUAAAGCUGGCAAGAGGCUUUGUAGCUUUUGAAAAGAUUUACAUGCCUCUCAAAGGGGCAGAGGAAAAUUCCCAAGGACAACUUUUCUCAAACGGCAGGGCAAGCGCGGUGCUCCGAAGGCCUCCGCCGAUGGAGUGUGGCCCGGCUGGCGCGAGCACAGGAGAUGGGCUGGUGAUGAAGAUCAAGCAGGAGAAGCCGGAGUGGAUGCUGCAGACUCUGGUGCCGCAGGCCGUGCUUUCCGAGAAGGAUAAAGAAAACAUUUUCCAGCAGCAUCGGGGCCUCCCGCCAUGCCAGACCAUGGGGAAGCCUCGGGCCUUGGGGGGACAAGAGGAGACUGGGGGUCCAAGGUGGGCCCCUCCCACUGAGCAGGCCGGGGCGCUGGCAGGCCGGGCUCUUUCUGCCGGCGAGGGUCACUUUGUGUGCCUGGACUGCGGGAAGAGGUUCAGCUGGUGGUCGUCCCUGAAGAUCCACCAGCGCACCCACACCGGGGAGAAGCCGUAUCUGUGCGGCAAGUGCGGCAAGAGCUUCAGCCAGAAGCCCAACCUGGCGCGCCACCAGCGGCACCACACGGGCGAGCGCCCCUUCUGCUGCCCCGAGUGCGCAAGGCGCUUUAGCCAGAAGCAGCAUCUGCUCAAGCACCAGAAGACCCACUCGCGGCCCGCCACCCACUCGUGCCCCGAGUGCGCGCGCUGCUUCCGCCACCAGGUGGGCCUACGCAUCCACCAGCGCGCGCACGCCCGGGACCGCCAGGGCGCCCGCGCCGGGCUGCAGGAGUUGCUGCCCGUGCCGUGGGGCCGGGCGCGGGCCGGCCUGAGCGCGCCGGGCGAGCCCCGCCAGUUCAUCUGCAACGAGUGCGGCAAGAGCUUCUCGUGGUGGUCGGCGCUCACCAUCCACCAGCGCAUCCACACGGGCGAGCGGCCCUACCCGUGCCCGGAGUGCGGCCGCCGCUUCAGCCAGAAGCCCAACCUGACGCGGCACCGACGCAACCACACCGGCGAGCGGCCCUACCUGUGCUCCGCGUGCGGCCGUGGCUUCAGCCAGAAGCAGCACCUGCUGAAGCACCAGCGCGUGCACCGCGGGGCCCUGGCGCCCACCCCCAGCGCCAAGGAUCAGGCGCUUUACCUGCAGAAGGGAUGGAAGCCGGUUGCUCUGUCAGCUGACAGCCUCUGCCACCGGAGCUGGACAGCUGGCAGGUACCAGAGUGGUCGUUGGCGAGUUAGACCUCCCAGCCUCACGGGGCUGCUGUGCGGCUGCGGCGACGCCGGCGACGGCGGCGCUGCGGAGGAGACGGAGGGGCUCGGGAGGCGGCGCCAUCUGCGGCUGGAAGUGCCCAUGACAGAGCUGGCGUCGUCGGGGGGCGGGUCCCCCAGGGACGGGGAGGAGGGCCUGGGGGACGAGCAAGGCCUGGUCAUCCACCACCCGGCCGAGGAGCAGCCUCACCGCUGCCCACUGUGCGGCCAGACCUUCUCGCAGCAGCCCAGCCUGGUGCGGCACCAGAAGGCGCAUGCGGGCGCGGGCCGCGCGGCCGCCUUCGUGUGCCCCGAGUGCGGCAAGGCCUUCAGCGUCAAGCACAACCUCGAGGUGCACCAGCGCACGCACACCGGCGAGCGGCCCUUCCCGUGCCCGGAGUGCGGCCGCUGCUUCAGCCUCAAGCAGAAUCUGCUCACGCACCAGCGCAUCCACAGCGGCGAGAAGCCGCACCAGUGCGCGCAGUGCGGCCGCUGCUUCCGCGAGCCGCGCUUCCUGCUCAACCACCAGCGCACCCACGCGCGCAUGCCCGCGCCGCACCCGCGCCGCCCCGGCGUGUUCGGAGCGGCGGCCCUACUUCUGCGCCCGCUGCGGCAAGAGCUUCGCGCGCGAGGGCUCGCUCAAGACCCACCAGCGCAGCCACGGCCACGGGCCCGAGGGCCAGGCGGCCCUUUUAGGCCGCGUGCUAUGAUGCGCCCCAGGCCUGCCGCCGCCUCUCUCCCGCGCCAGGGCCGCUGGGGCCGUGACUCCUGGAGAUGGCGCUGGGCUGAGGCCCCCUUUCUGGAUGCGAUCCCUGGAGACGGGGAGGGCUGGCUUGGGGUCUUGAAGGAGUGGGCCGCUGCCGGGAUUGGGACGCCUCCUUCCGUGUCUGCGCCACCCUCUGGCUGGCCGCCCACAGCUGCUUUGGGGCCCUGCGUUGGUUUUCCUCCUCAGGCUCACCCGGCCUAGAGUAGGUGAGACCCAAGGGCCACCCGGAGCCCCUCUCAGGCCUGGGCAAGUGUUGGGGGGACAGGCAGGGGAGGUGGGGUACACUGGGCUCUGGGUCUAUGACUAGCUUCCUACUAGAUCUUCAUUCCCAGAAUGUCAGAGUUGAAAGCCGCCUGGAGAGGGCCACUCUCCACAAUGCCCAGGCCACCCUUAGCCCCCAAGGUGUCCUGGCUCCAACACUUACUAUCUGGUGUACUUGAGAAGUCAUUUCGCUUCAUGACUCAGUUUGUUCAUCUGUAAGUUGCACUUGACAAGGGACUUCUCCCUGGGAUAUUGUGAGGAUUGCGGUUUAACAUUACCAGAUAAAAGAGGGUGACCUCAUUGGUCCAAAAACAUCUAUUGGGCACCCCGCUAUGUCAUGCACGGUGCUGUGCUCUUGGGAGGGGGUACAGACAUAAAGCCUUAAGGGGUGACACUUGGUGCUCACACAGGGUAUGCAGACCAUCCUAAGGGACAGACUAUCAGGUGCUCCGGGAGGUGGGGGAGGGGAUUGGUGUCACCCAAGGCAGUCUGAUGGCUUGAACUGAGUUCUGGGGAUGAAUAGAGAUGCUCUAGGGAGAGCAAAGGUAGAGAGUCUCUGAGGCAGGGAUCAGAUGGAGGAGGCUGAUGUUUGCCCUACAAGGGACUUUGUGGUCAGGGAGAGAGGACACCAAGAUGUUUAAUGAGGAGAGCACGGUGAUAUCAGACGUGCAGCUCAAGGAGAGAUGGAAGCACUGUGAGGACAGGUCAAAGUGCGAUGAGCAAGAGCCUCGAGGGUUGUGGGGUCAUCUGGGCAAGAGAAAAUGGGGCCCCUAGCCAAGAAGCUUGACCAAGGGGAGAGCCGGGCCUGGCCCCUAGGCCCCUGAUUCCAAGUUGGUGCUCCAAAGCACAGGCUUUUUCACCAUUUAGCAGAUGAGGAAACUGAGGGUCACCCAAGCUUGCUCCAAAUCUCACUUAGUAUAUAGUGGUUGGGCAGGGCAAGCCUGGCCCCCAAGACCCUUCAUCUCUACCGCUGUGCCUUUGAGGGCGGCUCUUACUGGUGGGACAUGGAGUGUCAAGGAUGUGGGGAUGUGAGCGGAGACCAGGUGCCAGGAUCCUGGGCAGGGGUGCCCCUGGGUGGUGUGGGGGCUUGGGGGGCCAUGGCAUCCACAGUAGUGGGUUGGGAGGAAGGGAGCUGGGGGCUUGGAAGGGACCUGAACUCACAGAGCUCUCGCUCUGUGCCCAGCCUGUGCCACCACCUUGCUAGGUGCUGGAGACCUGUCCCCGCCCUCUGCCCUUCCUUAGAGCUUCGUGUGUCCUUGGGGGUCAAUGGCCUCUGCUUGCCACUAGGUGGCUGCUGCAAUGUGGCCGCUGCUACGUGGACGAGUACUUAGUGGCAGAGAUGAAGAGAUUAACCCAGGACCUGGGACAUCUGGAGCUCGAAUGCCCUGAACUCAAGUUGUCUCAGUGAUGUGGAGUGGGUAGGCCCUCUGGGCACAGAGACAAGGAAUGGGGCCCCAUGGGGACCUGCCCGCUGGCAUGAGGACACAUCCCCUAAGAAGACCUGCCUUGGGAGGUGCCCUGCAGAGGGGAACCGUGCAGCCUGGAAUUGGAAGCGGGUUCUGUGCUCGGUGGAAAAACUCCCCAAACCUGGUGGGAGUCCCAGCUGGAGAAGCUUGUCCUGGCUGCCCAGCCACAGUCCACACUCCUGUGGCCGCAGGGACAGUGCCUGUGUGGAGAGCCGGCUUCUCUGUGCCCGCCUGGCCCCCAGAGACGGGGAGGAACUGGCCUACGAGAACACAGCAAGUCGGUGGCAGACCUGGCUCCAGAGGCAAAGCCUUGCCCCAGGUGUGACCCAUACCUGUAGGCUCCACUCGCCGCUCAGAGCGGUGGUUCUUAACGCAUGAGGGGCAUGAAGCCCUUUGAAAGUCUCACAAAUGCUAGGAACCUUCUCCCCAGAAAAACACGCAUACUCAUGUAGACACAAGAACCUGCAAGCAAGCUUGGAGCUCCCGGACCUAACCCGCCAUGCGUUCCUCACCUGACCUAGAGCCUGGGCCACUCUGCAAAUAGCAUUUUUCCCUCCCCGGGCUGAGCUUCCUUCCCUCGUUCAGGAAUAAAGGAUUCUGAGGAGGGGACCCUUCCAGUCACUCUCUUCUCCCGGGCCUAACAGUGCCCCAGGCUUCUGGAACCUUUCCUCCCUUCCGCAGACAUUGCUGGAGGCUCCCUGGGCCGGGUUUCUCUUCUCUGGUUUGGGGCUGCUUGCUCUGGCUACCUGGCUGCUGGUUUUCCCCAUGCAGCCUGGACUCCAAUUUCACUGUGGAGGUGGCCGGAAAGCUGGAAUUUUCCUUGGAUGUGGCGUGAGCAGGAGCUUGGGCCAAGUCUACCUGGGAGAGGGGUGCUGCUUCCAGCAUCCAAGCCAUGGCGGGGCUGUGUCCUGCCAGACAGGAGUUCGGCGCAGCUGGGCAUGGUGUGGGGACGGCUGGGGAGGAAGCUCGAGCCUCUCUCCUGGGGCCUGCCAGUGCUGGCGUGGACAGUGGGAGCAAGUUGGCCUGGAGCUCACUGGCCUCCUUGGAAUGAACCACUCAACCUGAAAAGGUGUUGCCAGUUAGGGCUGGGAUGGGUUUCCGAUGACAACAAGACGUCACGAUGCCGGUUCUAUUUAGUGAGACCCUUGGCGGGUGGGGAGAGGACUCUAGCCAUGGGAUUCAGAUCAAAUCCCAGCAGUGUGAGUUGUGGGGGGCACAGUGGAGUUGUUCAGGUGGGAGGUCCCAGGGUCAAGCUGGGGUUUGGUCAGGGUUGUCGGGAGGCCUCCCGGGCUCCCAGCCUGGGACCUUGCUGGUCGCGUCUCCCAUGUGGUUCGGUUUGGCACAGAGGUUCUCACGGGCCAUCUACCCUAUGUCUCGUCCUGGAAUGACACACCGCUCUGGGGGGGAGAUCAGAGGAAGAGGAGGCAGUCGGAGCUCCAGAAGCUUCCACGUGCUCUGAUCCUUGGCCCACCUGAAGGGAGCCUCGCAGUUGCACCCCUUCUCCUCUGGUUAUCGUCUCAUCUCCUCCCUUCCCUGUAACUUCACAGCCUGCAUCUGCUGUUGCCUUCUCCGUCUUCCCUGGAAUUGCUCGGAAAUGUGGCCCUCUGCCGCCCUGCUGAGCCCUCUCCUCCACCAGGCCCUCCACCCCCGUCCUCCGAGCCGUCCCCGUGUCAACACGCCGUCUCACCCUCGGGUAGCACAUGCAGCCUUGCACUCCGGUUUACUGUGCACGCACGUGUGGAUGUGUGUGUGAGUCUCCAGCUAGACUGUGAGCUCCCUGAGGGCAAGGGACGUGCCAUGUCUUCUUGAACCCCAACAGGGUCCAGCACAGGGCUGGGCUCAUAACACUCAGGAAAUACUUGUCGACUGGCUGGUGGGCUGCGGGGUGACUGGCGGUGAGGAGAAGGGGAGGGCCCGUGAGUUCACACGCCGGUGCAUUUCGCUGGGGCGUGAAUUGGCUCCCCUGGGGCAGGAAUGGCCAUGGGAGCCCUCAGGUCCCCCCCUGCUUGGGGCAGUGGGACAGGAGGGACCCCCCACAUGGCUACGCAGGAGUGCGUGGGAACGGUGUCUGGGCUGGAUGUUUCCAUCGGUCACUGAGACCUGCCGGGGCUGACCAAGUGGAAUAAAUGUUCUC